GAUAUAAAACAAAAAGGGUAGAUAGGUCCUUGGGCGCAUCCGAUUCGUAGGCUGGAUCUUGAGCGAGCGAGCAAGCGAGCCAAACCACAGCCCCUGGAUCUUGGAGCCACCACUAACCAGAUAAUCAAGUCGAUCCAGAGAUAAAACACUCCAUCUCCUCCUCCUAAUUCACUGCUCUAGCUUCUUUGUUUGUGUCAACCAUGAGCAAAGGACCUGGUCUCUUCUCAGACAUCGGCAAAAAGGCCACCGAUCUGCUCACUAGAGACUAUGUUUCCGAUCAGAAGUUCUCGGUUUCCACCGCUAGUGAUACCGGCGUGGUACUUACUUCGACUGCAGUGAAGAAAGGAGGACUAUCAACUGGUGAUGUCGCAGCACUAUAUAAAUACAAGAAUACACUAAUCAAUGUCAAGUUUGAUACAGAAUCUAACAUUGCAACAACUUUAACCAUUAUGGACAUUGUUCCAUCGACAAAAACUAUUGCUUCUAUAAAGUUUCCAGACUACAACUCUGGAAAGCUAGAAGUUCAGUACUUCCACCAUCAUGCAAACUUGACAACUGCUGUUGCGUUGAGUCAGACCCCUUCAGUUGAUCUUUCAGCUACCAUCGGCACCCCCACAUUUGCCUUAGGUGCAGAGGCUGUUUAUCAGACUUCUUCUGGCAAGUUCACAAAAUAUACUGCUGGCAUAACUAUUACAAAACCUGAUGCUUGUGCUUCGAUUAUUUUGGGUGAGAAAGGGGACUCAAUAAAGGCGUCAUAUGUGCACCAUUUAGAUUCAUCGAAAAGGAGCGCAGCUGUUGGGGAGAUUAGUAGAAGGUUUUCAACAAAUGAGAACACAUUUACAGUGGGAGGGCUAUAUGCCGUUGACAGCCUUACAUCUGUAAAAGCGAAGCUUAACAAUCACGGGAAGUUGGGAGUGCUCUUGCAGCACGAGGUCAUACCAAAAUCCCUGUUGAGCCUUGCUAGCGAGUUUGACACCAAGGCAUUGGACAAGACUCCAAAAUUCGGCCUGGCCCUUGCUCUAAAACCUUGAUGUGAUUUUUCUGCCGAGUGGUCCUUUUUCUUGCUUGCAAUUUUUGUCCGGGGCGCUCUCAAGAAGAGCAUGCAAUAAAUAGUUGGCAUAUACAUUUCUUUUUAGGUUCUCAGUUACUAUGGUUAUGUUGCUUUAGUAAUUCAUACCAUUGGCCCUUUUCGCAAUUCCUUGUUUCUGUUUUCCCCUUACCGGAGGCAUUUGAGAUAUAUGCACAUUCUGCUUUAAUUUAAGGUGAUUUACCUUUGAUUUUCA